CAGAGAGCCUUGUUUGCCACAUAAACAUUUACCAUAAGACUGGAACAUAGACUCAUUCAACAGAACUGGGACAUAUUUGUUUAUGACCUAGCUUGAGAUUUCCCACAUCCAGAUGAGCAAGUGGAAAAGAAGUGCACAAUGUGAGUUGGCCAAGCUCCAACAUGACAUCAUACAUCCUACGGACUGUGUUUGUAUGGACAUACAGAGGGAUACUCUGCACCUGCAGGUUUUUAUGGAUUUGUCCAUACAAUGCAAUCAAAUUCUUACCAAGGGAACAGCAUGUUAUUGAGGACAAAAGCAGACAGGUGAAACGAUUUGCAGAUUCUGAAAGUAAAGUGACAGUGCCCCCCAUUCCAGGAAGCCCUGAUCGUAUGAAUGCACUUCAUAAAAGACUGACCAAAACCGAAAAAGAAAUCAUGUCACUCAAGACCAAGAUUGCCUGUGAGAGGGCGUCAUGGGAGAGGAGGUUUGCAGAGCUGCAAAGGCAACAGGAAGAGCUAUGCAACCAGCUUGUCCCUGAGGCUGGAUUGUUGAUGAAAGAGGGCACAUGUUAUGACCAGGGAGGGUCAGGAGUGGACAAUGGAGAUGUGCUUGAUGAGUGCUCAAGUGGCUUUCACCAACACAGAAAGUCUCAAGCAUCAUCAAGAAGUGACAGUUAUGCAUGCAGUGUGUCAGGCAGCCAGAUAUCCUCUUCAUCAGCACUAACCUCAAGACCAGCUUCCUCUUUAUCUUCAGCCUCCAGGUACACCUAUUGGAGGUGUAGCUCAAUAUGCAUGUACAGUCAUGGAAAACACACCAUGGCCUACAUCGUGUUUUUGUUCCCCACUCACCCAUGGACUUGCAGCUUGGUCACCGGGUGAGGAUCAUGCUGCCAUCUGGCAGGAUC